GAACCACGGGCCGGAAUUUUCUCGCUCUUAAAACAUUCUCCCAUCGUCCAUUUCGUCUAUAAUUUAUUUCCAUUUCCGACCUGUUCUUCCGUGAUUUCUUCUCUUCUCUUCUUCAAUUUCUCUGAAUUUACAGAUUCUGAAUUCUCCAUGGAUCUUCAGCACCAGCUUCGAAAACCAACCUUGGAACCAGACCCGCACCUACCCAACAUCAAAAUCCACCAUCCAGCUUCCCCUCGCCACACCUCCACCGCCACCCCCGUCGCCACCCCCACCCCCACUGCCGGCGCCCGUCGCAGGAUUGGGGUGGCUGUCGACCUCUCCGAGGAGAGUGCUUUUGCUAUUCAUUGGGCUGUUCUACACUACAUUCGUCCUGGUGAUGCUGUCAUUCUCCUCCAUGUUAGCCCUACUUCCGUCCUCUUCGGUGCCGAUUGGGGCUCCAUCGACAUUACUCUCGAUACCGCUGAUGAUAAUCCUGACGAUCAUAAUUCUGGUAACUCUGUUAAUGGUCAACAUCUGAACCGUACCGAGCGUUCGAAACGUAAAUUGGAGGAUGAUUUUGAUGCAUUCACUGCCUCCAAAGCUGCUGAUCUUGCUAAGCCGUUGAAAGAUAUUCAGAUUCCGUAUAAGAUUCAUAUUGUGAAGGAUCAUGAUAUGAGAGAGAGGCUUUGUUUAGAAGUGGAGAGAUUGGGGCUGAAUGCGCUGAUCAUGAGCAGUCGGGGUUUUGGUGCUGCAAAGCGUGGAAAUGAUGGUGGGCUCGGAACCGUUAGCGAUUAUUGCGUGCAUCAUUGUGUGUGUCCUGUUGUGGUGGUGCGUUUUCCGGAUGAGAAGGAUGUUGGGAUCGGUUGUGAUUCUGUUGCUGCGAAGAAGCAGGACAAUGGCGCCCCCGAAAAGUCUGUUGAUGUGCAGAAGCAGCACGAUGACGCCCGGGAAAAGCCUGUUGCUGAGGCCGUGGAGUCCAAAGUUUGUCAUGAAAAGCUUGCAUCAUCCUGAUUAGCUGAGGUGCAAACUGGAUUGUCGAUUUUGAAUCUGAAUUGCAGAGCCCCUGUUUUCCCCCACACAAGGAAACCGUGAAUAAGAAAAUAAUGUCUGCAUGAUUUGAAAUUGAUGUAUGGCCUUUCAUAUUGCUUAAUUCGUUUGAUAUCAAUAAUAUAUUUCCCUCUUCUGCCACGAUUAUUAUCUAUCUGGUUGAUAAUUACCAAAAUCCUCGAACAAAUUUGUUGUGUUC